GUCAAACGUGAGAGCCGCACGCCAUCUUGACAGCCGCCUUCUGCGGUCACGCAUCUCUGUCGCUCCCGUAAACAAAGCACACAGCAGGGUUGUUUUUUUCUCUUUUCCGCCUUCUGGAAUGGUUUGUAAUAAAAUUCGGCGUAGUAUUUGUGACAGCGUCAGAGCAGAUCGAAGCGCUCAGUUUUUUCUCGAUAAAAUGUCUUUCCGUACAUGACGCUCCCCGAGCGAGCACCAUCUUGGGAAGUGCAGUAAGUGAAAAAAAAACGCGCCUGGCAAAAGUUGCUUGCACCUGUGUGUUAGCUUUGAAAACAGUGGGCAACGCGUUAAACCUGAAGCUAAUUGUCGUUGGCGCCACGAGUGUGUACCGGAUCCGCGUCCGUGCCAGAGGAAAUUGCACGAAAAGUUCGAAAUUUUUGACACCGCCAAAAUGCCAGCCGAAUUUUACGACGAGGACGGAUUCCGGCUAUCGUUUGAGAAUGAUACCAGCCCGGACGAGCGGCAGUACUUUAUGCGCGCCUUCCCGAACGUGAGCAAGAUCGCGGAGCGCAGAAUACACUGCACCACCUGCAAUGCGCACAUCGGGACGGCCCCGGUGUCGGAGGCGGUCAUCCGGAUGCAUCCGGUGCUGCGCGUCACGCACUGCCGGAACUGCCACGCGUUCUACAACAGCGGCGACUUCGACAAGGGCGAGGACGGCAGCGAGCUGUACUGCCGCUGGUGCGGCCAGGGCGGCGAGGUGUUCUGCUGCUCCAAAUGUCCGUACGUGUUCUGCAAGAGCUGCAUCGUGCGCAAUCUGUCGCGGGCCUGCGUGCAGGACAUUGUGCGCAACGAAAACUGGCACUGCUUCGGUUGCGCACCGCGCAUCAUGUGGCACCUGCGGGCGCAGCACUGGGCGCUGGAAAACUUUAUCGAGAAGCAGAAAAAGGAAAUAAAGAAUCAGGAUCUAUCGCCUAACGUGAUUAGCGCGCUGAUGAAGAAGGACCGCACCACGUGCUGCCCGGGCAAGGGCCAAAAUCGCAAAUCGGUCAAUGCGACAGCGACAGCGCCAAUGAUUACAUCGCCGGUAAGCGCGACGAAGAAAACGGCCGCCAAGCGCACGUACGGUGAGGUGAGCGGCAAGCGGGAAGGCUCCAUGGAGGGCGGCCCUCGACUCGAACCGGUUGUGAGCAUUCCUCCCCUAGCACAUUCCAUCCUCGGCCAGCUGGACGUGGAUCCUGGCAUUGCCUUACCCGGCAAUGCCCAAGGGGACGCUGCUAUCGCAUCCUCCUCCGGCUCGGUCGGCUCCUCCGUCACAACGUCGUCCUCGAGCGGAAAGGCAGCGGGCUCGAAGAAACCGCGGAAAUCCUCCACCCCAAACAGCGACAGUGGACAGGCGGCACGGCCCCCGCAGGCGAAAAAGAAGCGCAUGGCGGGCAAUAAUGAGGUGGUCUGCACGCCGGAUAUUAUGAGCAUGCUGUCGGACGAUGGGCCCACCGUUGGCCAGCCGCAGACAACGCCCUCCCGUCCGCCGAUCGUUACCGUCGGCGGCAAACCGCUCGUGCCGAUCGCACCGAAGCCGGCCCCAUACGUUGAUCCGGCCACUGGCUCUCCGAUGCUGAUGCCCGGCAACGGUGCGCUCCCGAGCCCGAUGUCGAAGGUGAACGUGCCAAAGCAGAAGGCGAUACUGCACCACUCGAUACCGCGCAAUCUGGCGGUGAGCGUACCGGGCAGCCGGAUUUCGAUGGCCCCGCUAGACCACCCGGAGCAGGUGGGACCGCAAACGGUGCGCGUGUCGUCGACGGCACCGCGCCAGUCGACGGGCGGCAGCGCACCGAUGUACCACACGUUCGAGGGCUACCAGAUCGAUCUGCAGGCGGCCUCCCAGCAGAGCACCUACCGGCUGCCGAACGGGAAGCUUAUACUGGUGCGCAAGCAGACGGCCGACGGGAGUGCACAGAACGCUGCCGAGACGGUAAUAUCGCCGGUACAGCCGCCCAAGGUUGCGCCGGGCAUGUCGGGCCCCAUUCCGGGCAAUCGCUUGCUGAACAACAACGUAACGUCGGUGCCACCCGGUGCUGCCGGUGGGCCGAUGGUUGUCCGCAACGGCCAGGAGAUGCGUCGCGUGCCGGCAACGCACGUGCAAAGGCAGCAGGCAAUGCAGCACCAGCAGCGUGUCCAAAUGCAGAUGGCGCAGAUGGCCCAGCAGAACGACCAGUACCAGCAGCAGUUCCAGCGCAUGCAACAGCGUAUGGAUCAGCGCACCACUGGCCAGCGCGCGAUGGCGCAACGAAUGCAGCAACAACAGCAGCAACAGCAGCAGCAGCAGCAGCAACAACAGCAGCUGCACCAGCAGCUCCCACAACCGGGCAUGUACGUAGGACCGGCAGCGCCCGGUGCCGGCGGCAUCGUUUAUCCCGCGGCCGGUGGUGCCGCACCGGCCGUCGUACCGGUCCCAGUACAGCAAGCCCCUCCCAGUCCGGCCGGCAACGCCCAGCAGCCGGCAAUACUGGCGCUGCUCCGCGGGCUCGUCAACGGACCGCACGAGGAGACGCCGCUCGGCAGUGCGCGCAAAGACUUCGAGGCGAAGAUGCUGGCCGGGGCCGAAAUCUGCCACCACAUCCUCGGCAAGAUCUACUCGCUGACCAACUCGAACUCGUUCAAGAACAUACGCAACCUGCGCGACCUGAAGGAGCUGUUCAUCCAUCUGUCCUACCUGAUGACGUACGGGAUCGGGCGGUUCAAGACGCUGCACGAGCGGUGCGUGGACGACGUGAAGAAGAUGGGCUUCACCAAGGAGUCCGACUUCGUGAUGAUGGGCGAGCGGGUGAACAACCGCAACCCGGAGGACGACAACAGCGAGGACGACGACGACUGCGAGAUCAUCGAGCAGAACACGACGGUGAUCGAGGUCGACUCGGACGAUGAGGCGGCAUCCACGGCCGGCAAGGAGAAGGCGGCCACCGAGGGCGCCGCCGGUGGAUCAUCGGCGAAAAAAGCUCCCAAAACGGUAGCGCAACCGGCGGCCCCGAAGGAUGGUCCGGCCAACACGCUAACGGUGGGUGAGAUUGUGGUUACGUGGAAGGUGACUGGCGUAAGCGAUACACCCGGACAGACACAGACACCGGCGCAAAAUGACAAGGAAGGACCGCGUGCUGCCAAUACUGAUAAUGUUGCUGUUGCUGGGGAAAUUGUUGUUGCACCGAAAAAGACAACACCGGCUGCUGCUGCUGCUACUCCGGCCGGCGAAGGAUCUAAUGAGAACGCGAGCCACGACACGAGCGACAAGGACAGUAACAAUACCGUUGAGGUUACGAUCGAAGCGUUGAAUUCAUCUGGCACCGGGAAUCUGUCGUCUUCCACCGAAACGAUGGAAAUGAUGGAAACGGAGGCAAACAAUUCGGUGACCGAUUCGGAAGGUCCGGUCGUUAGCGCGCUGCCCAACAAACUCACAGCAACACAAACGCCGGAAGUUGCAUCACCUGGAAAUGAAGACAUCGAUUUAGGCGCAGCGGACAAAGAUGAGGUGGAAAUGAUCGAAAUCUCCGACAAGGAAGUGUCGGAACUGCUAGACAUCCAUGCCAGUAGCAACGCAGCGACCGAGAAAGACGCCCAGUCGGAGCAAAAGGACGAAUCCAUCGAGAUAACAGAUUCCGAUGACGCAGGCCAAAACGGCAGUUCCACUGAAAAGUCUGAGGCAGGCAAGGAAGCGGCAGAAAACGCAACAACCGUAUCUGCUGAUGAUACAGUUGAAACACUGUCGGAUGAUAAAUCUGCUGACGCUGAGCUGGACGCAUCCGACCAAAAAGCCGAUGAUGCAACGACGUGUACAGAUAAGGCAUCGCUGCCGGAUGAUAUGGAACAGUCGUCCAAGGAAAGCAGCAGUGAAGUUUUGGACCUGAUGGAUGCAGCCGAUGAUAGUUACCACAGCGACAGCUCCGACAUACAGUUCGGUGCAGAGUGCGACGCUCCAGAUUCGGCUGCAACACAUAAAGAUGGCAAUGCUGGGGAGUCUUCAUCCGUAAAGAAUUCCGAACCGAAGACGGGCGAAAGCGACAAAAAUAAGCCCAGUUUGCCAUCGGAGACAAAGAAGGGUGAAACUGUAGGAAGCACAAAUGAAGCAGAGAUUUCGAAGCAACAGGAAAAACAAGCAGUUGAGCCAAGCGCUGUAAUCGAUCUGGACGCUAGCAGUACCGAAAGUGAUGGUAACAAAAGCGCCACGGAGGAAGACGCAGAUGCAUCUAAGAAGAGUGACGAUGCGUCUACGAAGGAAGAUGAUACAGCUACCAAAAACGAAUCGGUGACCACGAAACAACAGGAAAAAUCGGAAGCUACUGCUGAGCCUAGCGCUAUCAUCGAUCUGGAUGCGAGCAGUACCGAGAGUUCCGACAACAAGAGUGCCACCGAGGAAGACGUGGAUGCAUCGAACAAGGAUAGCGAGCCCACUGUUCAAGAAGAGAUUUCAGAGAUUUGCACAAAUGAGUCAAUCGACGAAUCGUUGAUGACAGACCCUGCCGAACCCGAAACAGCAGGAGUAGAAGUAAGUGAUAACAAGGAAGAAAGCACAGACAACCCUAAGGUUCAGGAAGUUGCCGAAGAGAUUGAGGAAGUUGUUGGGGAAAACGUAGACACAACGUCUGACGGGUCUAGUGAGCUCCAAAGUCAAGAGAAGGAGACACCGGACGAUUCAGCUGAAGUCGUAGGGUGUGAACCUGCCGAGAAAAUAGUCUCCGGUGAGGAUGAUGUCGUAUCAGCGAAAACCUCUUCCGAACCUGUAAAUAGUAAUUCUGAACCAAUGGACACGGAAGACGGGCAGCUUUCAUGCAACGAUGCCGAAGUGAUGGACGUUACUGAGGAACAAGAACGGCCGUCUAGUUCGCAUGGACAAGAAUCGACUGAGAUGGAUGCGUCGGAGGGAAUGGAGCAGGAAGCUAAAGAUCUCCCAAACACUGAGCAGCUGCAACUUGCGGAGGAGGAGGUGGUAGAUUCCUCUUUAAUAUCAGCUGACAGCAGCAGCAUAACAAACGACAACAAACCAACAGCUACGGAUAGUGGCAGCGAAAAGGAAGGACAAUUACCACCACCAUCACAGUCCACUGCUGAGCUCUCGUCUGAGUCGUCAACCGCUACACCGGUAGUGAACAGUAUUGUGUCGAAGAAGGUUGAAGCCGCCGCGGAUAAUUCUUCCAACGAAAGGGAAGAAAGCGAAGCGGAUGAACUGUUCACCACGCCUCCCGAAUUGGCCGAACAGGCCCCAUCCUCGAUGGAAGUUGAUUCCAGUAAUUUGAACUCAGAGCCAUAAAUAUUAAGGUUUGCUGUAAUGUAACAAUGUACCAUUAUCUCUCUCUCUCUCCCUUUCCAUUUCUCUGAACUUUGAGUAGCAAGAUUUAAGAAUCUGUGACGCCUUCGUGCUCCGAUAAAUUCGUUUAGAGCUAAACUUGUACAAUAAUAAUCCCUAAGUAUAUCGCAUUUGACAACAUUGUCUUGAAUUUUAACGCUAGGUAGCAUCUAGUACCUACUAACCCCCCUCUGCGAUCGAUGUGUACGUCUCUAAGCUGAGCUUAGUUAUGUAAGAUGUGUAGGAUUACCGAUUCUGAAGUAAACCGCGCAGAAGAGCUGAACUGCAUGUAAUAACUGGGAAAAAAAUAAAGCUGAAACUCGAACUCGUU